CAGGUGCGCCUCCUAAAUUAGCUUCGUGCCACCCUUGUGCGUAAAUGAGUUGCAAAUCGCAAGUCUGUGUAACUUUCUACAUUUGCUGAAAAUUCAAAUUAGUCAACCCAGAGAUCUGACGGACCCCGGUGGUGCCCUCUGCAGCCUCUGGACGAGGAGGAAGAGGCUCCGGAUGGAGCGCGCAGGGACAGCUGGCGACGGGAAGACAGCCUUUCCUCCCGGGGGAGCGCGGGGACCUGCGAGGGCGGCUUCUCGGCUCUUUCCUGUCCCACCCAGGCGGCCCGGCCCCCACCCCCGCCGGCCGGCCGCCCGCGCGGCUCCGGGCAGCCGCUUCCUCCGCUCAGGUCCUGGCCCGGCUCCCCGCCCGGCCUGCGCGCGUCUCCGCGGUGCCCGCCCCCCGGCGAGUUCAAAGGGACGCGCGGAGCGGCGUAGGCCCUGCCCCGCAGCCCGUCCGGUCCGACGGGAAAGGUCUGCCCCCCUGACGGGGUACUCCGGCCCUGCCGGCCAUGGCUGGCCUCCCCACCACGCCGUCUCCUGGAGGUGAGAUGAUGACUACCCCACUUCUGCAGGCCACUGAGGCCCUGUCCCCAGAAGCUGAAGAAGCCAGCACAGCACUCAUUGCAGUUGUUAUCACCGUGGUCUUCCUCACCCUGCUCUCAGUUGUGAUCUUGAUCUUCUUUUACCUGUACAAGAACAAAGGCAGCUACGUCACCUAUGAGCCUCCAGAAGACGAGCCCAGCGCCAUCCUUCAGAUGGAGAGUGAUUCAGCCAAGGGCAGAGAGAAGGAGGAGUAUUUCAUCUGAUUGCCAGGCCCCAAGGAGCUAAGUCCUGGCUCCAGUGCUAACACAGUGACUGUUUAAUUUAUUAGCUAAAAGUUUUGUCUGAGGCCAGUGAGUGACAUUGAUUGAAGUGGGCAGAUCCAAGCUCCUCCCAGGACCCAGGCCCAAAUGCCAGCAUCAGUGAUUCCAGGCACUGCUUAUGAUGUCUGUAGGCCUUUGGAAAAGAACUGGGGUCUGUAACUAGCUAACGAGGUGUGACUAUACCAGGGAACACUUGAGUGUGUGCCUCUUUGGGAAAAAGAAUGAGGAUCACUGGCUCCUGCUCCACGCUGUCCCCUUUGUGGUCACCCAGUUAUAGGCCCAGAAGGAAAUAUCCAUAGUUCUUCCCAGAGACUAGAUACCACAAUAAAAGACCAGGCCCAAGUGAUAGGAGACUCUGGGAUCUUGCCUCCUUGAUAAAUGUGCUAUACUCCUUAAUCUGAGCCCUUCCUUCCCAUAUUUCCCAACCUCACACUUAUUAACACAAAUUAAACUUUUUCAUUGAUAUAGAAGUC